UUACCAGGCCGAUAAUCACCAGUUACCCCUCUAUCACGUUGACUUCCCUAAUGCGGCGCCGACCGUCUACAGUAGUACUAUCUUUAGUACUAACACCGACGCGUACGCCGACGCGGACUCCGUCUAUAAUACCUCAUUCUCAAGCUCGCGGAGCACCCCAGAUCUCGAUUACGCCC